AGAAGCCAAUAGUCAGAGAGCCAGAUGAAAUCCACAUCAACGCACCCAGAUCUGCCUGCAUAUGCCUGUUAUUUUUUACGGUGUGGAGUUUGUUUAGAAAAUAAUAUCUUAAAGUGGAACUAAUGUCCAUGACACGUUCAUCUUGAAGCUAACCUUUGAAACUAAGGAUUAUUUUACCUGAAAAGAUGGAUGACAUCGAUGCCAUGUUCUCUGACCUGCUGGGGGAGAUGGAUCUCCUCACUCAGAGUCUCGGACAGGAAACGGUGCCUCCUGAACCUCUUCCAAGCACCAAUGAAGAGAUCAACUUCUCCAUCGGCUUCAAUGAUCCCAACGAGAGCCUUAAUGAGCUGGAGGACAAUGACUUGGAUGCGCUCAUGGCUGAUUUGAUGGCUGAUCUAAAUGCAACAGAAGAGAAACUUAAUGCAGAGAUAAAAGGUCUGGACGUACCACCUCCACCGAAGGGCCCUAGCACCCGACCUGAAUCCUCCAGUACACCAACAUUACCAAGAAGCACCAGCAGCAGCAGCAAUGAUAGCAACUCAGCUUCCUCCGCCACCUCUGCUUUGCCACCUCCACCUCCUUCAUCAGCAAAGCCUUCAAAGGAAGAAAUAGAGUCACAGAUGAAAGCAGACAAAAUUAAACUUGCUCUUGAGAAGCUGAAAGAAGCCAAAGUGAAAAAGUUGGUGGUGAAGGUGCUAAUGAAUGAUGGCAGCUCCAAGACUCUGAUGGUUGACGAGAGGCAAAAUGUCAGAGAAGUUCUGGACAACUUGUUUGAGAAGACUCACUGUGACUGCAAUGUGGACUGGAGUCUCUGCGAAACAAACCCUGAACUGCAACUUGAACGGACGUUUGAAGACCACGAGAACCUUGUGGAGCCACUCUCAGCAUGGACAAGAGACAGUGAAAACCAAAUCCUCUUUAAAGAGAGAAAAGAAAAAUAUGAGGUUUUCAAAAACCCGCAGAACUUUUAUCUCUGGAAGAAAGACAAAAAAGCUCUCCAAGACAUAAAAGACAAAGACAAGGAAAUAUUGAUAAAGGAGAACUUCUGCGGGACUUCAACCAUUGUGCCUGAUCUCGAGGGGGUGCUGCACCUUAAAGAAGAUGGCAAGAAGUCCUGGAAACAGCGACUCUUCCAGCUCAGAGCCUCUGGAAUUUAUUAUGUUCCAAAAGGGAAGACCAAGUCGUCUCGCGACCUCGUCUGCUUCGUCCAGCUGGACAACCUGAACGUCUACUAUGGCAAAGACUUUAAGAGCAAAUACAAGGCCCCGACUGACUUCUGUUUUGUGCUGAAACAUCCUCAAAUCCAGAAAGAGUCCCAGUACAUCAAGUAUCUCUGCUGUGACGAUGCUUGGUCCAUGAACCUUUGGGUGACUGGAAUACGGAUUGCAAAGUACGGUGCCUCCCUGUAUGAAAACUAUAAAACAGCAGAGAAGGCGGCUUCCGUCAGCUCUGCCUGGACGAACCACAGAACUCCAUUGAGCUCCAAUCCAUCGACACCCUCACCAACCAUCAAAGCCAAAGCACCGAGCCAAGCCAAUGGUCAUGCUCCAAAGCCCCAACCUGGACCUGUUCUUCAGGGCUCUGGAAAUUUCCCACCUCCACCCCCAUUACUGGACAACAUCCUCCCUCCACCACCUCCUGACCCCAUCUUUCCUCCUCCACCACCUCCAAUGGCUAACAAGCCUUCCCCAAAAUCUGCAAUGGAUAACCUCCCCCCUCCACCGCCGCCUCCACCUAUCGAUGACUCUUCAGAAGCCCUACCAGACUUCCUUCCACCGCCUCCUCCAGCCACUGGCUUUGGGUCGCUGCCUCCUCCUGCCACUGGCUUUGGGUCGCUGCCUCCUCCUCCUCCUCUGAAAGACAACUUUCUACCACCACCACCUCCACUAACUAAUUUCAGGGGCAUUGACCAGUCCUUACCUCCUCCACCACCUGAUCCAGCAAUUUUACCACCACCUCCACCUGAACCAGUGAUCAUAGGAGCUGGUGCACCACCUCCCCCUCCACCACCACCACCUCCAUCUGCUCCUGCUGCCCCAAGAGCAGCUCUGCGACCUGCUGGGCGGCCCGCCGGGUCUGUAAAGAUGGCUCCUGCUCCACCAAAGAGGACUACACCUCUGUUGGAAGGAGGAGGAGGAGGAGGAGGAGGAGGAGGAGGAGAAGGAGACUUCAUGGCAGAACUGAUGAAAGCCAUGCAGAAGAAGCGCAGCAAUAAUUAGCUCACAUAAGCAAACUGGAAAGAACUGGGACACAGAAACACCAUCAACCUUUUCCAGACGAUGCAGUAGGUGGAGAUAGACACUUUCACCAUCCUUUUCCUGAACAUUAUUUUAUGAUUUCACAAAUUGAAUCAAACCAGUUCUGUGCAGAGUUUUAACACUCAAACUCAGACACCAGGACUCUCACACAUUGUACAUAUGCUUGCAUGGAGAGCUUUACAUGCUGUCUUCAAACAGCAUACAGUUGUUUUCAGGCAGUUUUCAAAUGAAUAAAGCCUUUUAUAUUACCAGGCUCCAUGUACAAACGUAUGAACUGAACAUCAUUAUUACAUCAUAAAGUACAACCUGCUGUGAUUGUCAAUUAAACAGGACAGAAUUUGAUUAUAUUGAAUGAUAAAUAUGCAUUAAAAAGUGAUGACAUCUUCAUGAUGUGGAUAAAACAGUAAGUUUUUAAUCAAAAUGGGUUAAAUUUUCCUCAUGAAACAGACGUACAGUAUAAUGAAAUUCAUGGCGGUGGUUCCCUUUAUGCUUCUUACAAAACAAAUGGAUAAUCAGUCAGAUAACUGCUGUGAAUUCAAUUAUCUCUCGGGCCUAAGGACAGAAACUAGUGGUGUGGCAGCAGAUAUAGAUCCACACACAGCCAUGACCUUCACACUUGUCCUGUCAACACGACUGAAGGUUAGGGGUUACCCCUCCUCAUUUGAGUGUUUCACUCAUGAAGAACAGCUGACCUUUAACCUGUUAGCCCACACCGGAGGUCUUGCUGCAUAGCCCGCCUCCUCUGCAGUGUGUUGUGUAACAAAGGGAGAGGACAGGAUAUGGAGGAGCAGCUCCACCUAGUGGAAGACAGAGACACCGCAGAAGGGUUGGACAAACUGAGCAGCUGAUUUUGCUUUUGGCCGUUUCUGGAGAGCAGGUUCAGUCUCUUACCCCUGAAAAAUCAUUCAUUUCCGCUUUCCUGAUAGCAGACUCUGCCAUCCAGUUCCUCAGCACAUAUCUCGGAUUUACACCUGCAGGAAAUGUGACGCAACCAUGUUUCACAACGUUCAUGGUGGAAUCAACGUGGUUACUUAAGAGGCUUACUUUGCAUCCUGUGCAGCCGGUCCAGAUCCCUGUCACUCUGCUGUCUGAACAGAAAGAACAAACCUCUAACAGACACCCAUAAACCCAUAAACGCUGCAUUUCUAGCAUUUUUAAGCAAAAGAAAUCACUCUGAUGUUAAGUCUCUUACCGACUGAGCCUCAGCAGGUACAUGUUGAGCCAAUCAGAGAAAAGCUUGUGUGAGGACAGGUCAUCAAGAGCCCACAUCUAAUCCAGAGCGGAAAUACAAUACAUGUGAAGAAGAAAAUCAACAUCUUACAUUAUUCUAGAUGUUUCUGCUUCUGGAUUACCUCAAUUUUAACUAAUCACAAUUUCAGUAUUUUGGACGGCAAUGGAAACAUCAUAAUUUGAAAGUUUAAUGUCUUUUCUUCACCGUUUCGUUACAAGAGAACAAACAUAAACACUCUCUAGCAAAUAUUGUACUAAAGUACUAAAAAGUUACUUUACAGAUAAAUCUAAACACCGUGUAAAGUCUGACAUGUGAAACACAGACAAAUAAACCCUUUGAGCUCUG